AUGUUCGAUACCCAUAAGCCACAUCCUCUGCUAGCUCAGGUCCCGCUAACAAUCAGUCCCUUUGUCCAGAUACCGGUUGCUGUGACUCUCCCGUACACUUUCAGGACUGUGCCAACUUCCCUCCCUCCAUCUGUCUUGGCUGACGACUCCAAUGGGGACAAGCCAAAGUAUGUCAAGUCGUCCAGUGGCCAUGCUGCUCACCCUGAAGACAUUAUUAAUUCAUGUAAAGCUCUAAGUGAUCAUAUCGCAAAGUCCGCCGCUGAUGCACAGAAAAGUAUCCAGGACUGGGAAAGACAGAUCAGAGAGCGGGACUUGGCGGAGAAGCGGAGGGUUGCUCCUGGCUGGCUGGAUCGAGAAGAAAAGUUGCUUCAGCCAACAACGUCAGCAAAGAACCAAGACCUUUUGAGCGAGGAAUCAACUUCUAAUAUCGCAGCGCCUGCAAUGUCACCUAGUCGAGAGGGUGAGGAGCUUGAUCGAGCUUUUGGUCAGCUCAGUACAAAGUGA